GUAAAAACAAUCAAAGAAAUCGCCGUAGCAGGAAAACAAGUUGCGGUCUUGUCUUGUCGUCGGCUUAAGUGUUUUCUUAUGUGAAAUCGCUGCGCACUGAGCAGACAUAAUGACAACGAACCAGCAUUCCAUCAUGGUACUCAAGACUUGUGCCAAUAUAAAUUCAGGACCCUCUUCCAUGACCAACGGCACCAACAAUGCCACCGGACCAGUAUCGCAAUCUGCCUACACGAACGGCCUCAAUGGAAAGGCCACAGCGACAGCCACAGCCAGAAAGUCACAACCCACCGAUACAGUGGAACCCGAUGAGCCAAAUACGAAGAAACAGCGAUUGAUUGAAAAGAUUCACUACGAAGACCUGGGCGAUCCUCUAACGGAAGUCAACGAGGACUCAUCCAAUGGAGACGGGGGCCAGCCUAAGCAGUUUGAGCUCUCCAAGGUGGAGCGCUACCUCAACGGACCCGUUCAGCAUGGCAUGUAUGAAAACCAUAGCGAAAAGUUUAGCCUGGAGGAUGUGCAGUACAAACUAGUGCGCAAUUCGGAGUCCUGGCUGAAUCGCAGUGUGCAGCGCGGUGUCAUUUGCCCCAAGGCCGCAGUAAAUGCUCUCGGAGAGCUAAGUCCAGGCGGUACCUUAAUGCGUGGCUUUCAAGAGCAGUCGGCAGGACAGCUGGUUCCUAGUGACUUUCAGCGCGAAUUGCGCCACUUGUAUCUUUCGCUGUCAGAGCUGUUGAAACAUUUCUGGAACUGUUUUCCACCCACCACCGAAGAGCUGGAGGCGAAGCUCCAGGGCAUGCAUGACACCCUACAACGUUUCAAAAUGGCCAAACUGGUUCCGUUUGAGAAUCGUGCUAUGCAUGAGCUCUCGCCGCUGCGUUCCUCACUCACUCAGCACAUGAACCAGCUGUUGCGCACUGCCAACUCAAAGUUCGUCACGUGGAAGGAGCGCAAGCUCCGAAACAACAGAUAGCAGGAACCCGCCGUGGGUGAACUUGAGAUUCUGCCACUCACCUCACAAACAAUUAUUAUAGAAUAGGAGUAUAGUCAUAAGUGAGUGGAACUCAUUGGAAUAAAUCAUUAUUUGCAACUA